UUCAUUCUACAGUGGAGGAAAACAGACUGCAAAGAGAGGAAACAACUUGCUUGAGGGGAAGCCACUCUGGAAAGAGCACGAUUUCCUGCUCUCUUGAUACACUACUCUCCCUUUUAGACACAGAUUUUGUACUAUGGCCAAAAUCAACAUCCAUCACCAAAGAGAAAUGGAGAAUCUGCAAUUCCCCUAGCGCUUUAGAAAGAAGAGUUGUUUGCGGACGGCAACAAUUUCUUGUCUGUUCUCCGUGUCCACGCAGGUAGAACGCUCACUCAAAUGCAACCCCCAGUCUGGCCCACCUCAAAGUAACUACAGAUUGCGGGGAAGCCGAAGACACAGUCCAGAACAGGAACCUCCUCUCCUAGAUCAUGUUUCUACCCGAGUCCAAAGAGAAACGGACCGGAAGUGGCGCGCAGCCGCGGAGGAAAUACCUAUAGUACAGCUGUUACGCUGACCGGAAGAGAAAGGUGCGUACCUUACAAGGCUCCGCUCCUACUUCCUGCUUCCGCACAGUUGCUGUUGUCGACGUUAGCGGCGGGUGUCGGAAAGCUUCCUCGUCUUUGGACGGGUUGUGAGAUGCCGGGCGGAGGCCGGUGUCCCGAUUGCGGCUCCACUGAGCUCGUGGAAGACUCGCACUAUUCGCAGAACCAGCUGGUGUGCUCCGACUGCGGCUGUGUGGUCACCGAGGGAGUCCUUACUACCACCUUCACUGACGAGGGCAACCUCCGAGAAGUAACAUAUUCCCGAAGCACAGGGGAAAACGAACAAGUUAGUCGCAGCCAGCAACGAGGUCUCUGCCGAGUGAGAGACCUCUGUCGAGUUCUGCAGCUGCCACCAACAUUUGAGGACACGGCAGUUGCCUACUACCAACAGGCAUAUCAGCACUCUGGCAUCCGUGCUGCCAGGCUGCAGAAGAAGGAGGUGUUGGUCGGGUGCUGUGUCUUAAUCACCUGCCGGCAGCGUAACUGGCCCCUGACCAUGGGAACCAUCUGCACCCUGCUGUAUGCGGAUUUGGAUGUGUUUUCUGGCACCUACAUGCAGAUGGUGAAGCUCCUGGGGCUGGAUGUGCCAUCUCUGUGCUUGGUGGACCUGGUGAAGACCUACUGUAGCAGCUUUAAACUGUUUGAAGCCUCCCCGUCUGUGCCAGCCAAGUACGUGGAAGACAAGGAGAAGAUGCUAUCGCGCACGCUGCAGUUGGUGGAGCUGGCAGAUGAGACGUGGCUGGUGACCGGGCGGCAUCCCUUGCCUGUCAUCACCGCGGCCACUUUCCUGGCUUGGCAGUCGCUGCGGCCUUCAGAUCGGCUGACAUGUUCCCUUGCCCGGUUUUGUAAAUUGGCGAGCGUGGACCUGCCCUACCCCGCUUCCUCCCGCCUGCAGGAGCUGCUGGCUGUGCUGCUGCGGCUGGCCGAGCAGCUGGCCUGGUUGCAGGUCCUGAAGCUUGACAAGCGGUCUGUGGUUGCGCACGUCGGCGACCUUCUCCAGCACCGCCCCAUGUUGAUCCGCAAGGCCUUUCGAGACGCAACAGCAGAGCCAGGCGCGCUGGACGCGCGGGAGAAGGAGCUACAGGGCCAAGGAUGGGGAAAAGAGGACCGGGGCGACGGCUCCUUAGAUUUGCCUGCAGGGAAGCGGCCAGCGAGCCCCGCCCUCCUCCUCCCACCCUGCAUGUUGAAGCCCCCAAAGCGGACCUGUCCCACACCCCCUGUCUCCGCGGUCACUGGAGAUGAGAACAUUUCUGAUAGUGAGAUCGAGCAGUAUUUGCGUACCCCUCAGGAAGUUAGGGACUUCCAGAGAGCCCAGGCCGCUAGACAGGCUGCCACAAGUGUUCCUAACCCUCCCUGAGGCACAGCCGGGGUCUGGCCGGGGGCGGGCGCUUAACCCCAUCUGAUGGCGGCUUGCUAACAGGCCUGAUGUAGCCAGAGACAUCUGUGUAUA